GGAGAUUUCUUUAGCAUUACGAACGACAAAAAGAAUGAUUCAUUUUUUUAAUGUUGUAGUUGGAGCUGAGGCUGAAGAUGAUAGGAUAGAGUUGUUAUUGUCCGAAGUUAAAGGAAAAGAUAUUACCGAAUUAAUUGCUUGUGGAAUGGAGAAGUUGGCUUCAGAUCCUUCUGGUGGUGGUGCUGUUGCAGCUGCCGCUCCUUCCGCUGGUGGCGACGGUGGUGGUACUGCUCCUGCUGCUGAGGCCAAGAAAGAGGAGAAGGUCGAGGAGAAAGAAGAAUCCGAUGAUGAUAUGGGUUUCAGCCUCUUUGACUAAGCAGGCAAAGCAAAAUAUCAAUGCUCGAGGGUUCCUCGUACAUUUGCAUGCUUUGUUUGAGUUUAAAAGUAUUUUUUUCAUGUUUUUUGAUUCUUAGCUCUUCUGGGAUCUUUAAGUUUUGUUUGAGAAAAUAUAUUUAAAUAACAUUAACAUUUUUGUUAUAAUUAUGGAUUUUCGGAUUAAA